CAUAAUUUAACUAUCGCUUUGAUUGGUCCAAAAAAAAAAAAAAAAAACUAUCGCUUGACUUCUCCUUUCCCAGAUCUAGAGAUUGUACUUAGCUCUUCUUCUCUCUUCUUCUUCUCAUUCUCUUCGCUUGUAACCACAGAACUUUGCAGUGGUCUUGUUCCACUAAUAUUAGCCUCGUUUUUGCUUACUAAAAGUUUAUCUCUAUUCUCAUCACCAUGGGGAGUUGUUUUUCUCUUCAAGUUAGUGAUCAAACACUGAAUCGUAUCUUUAAUUGCUUAAUUGGUAAAAGUUAUAUUCGAACCCUCGAGAAGAAUCUCAGAGCUCUGCAGAGGGAAAUGGAAGAUCUCAGAGCAAUUCAACAUGAGGUACAAAACAAGGUAGCUAGAGACGAGGCACGCCAUCAACGAAGGCUUGAAGCUGUCCAGGUAUGGCUUGACCGUGUCAAUAGCGUUGAUAUAGAGUGCAAAGAUCUGCUAAGUGUUACUCCUGUUGAGCUUCAAAAGUUGUGUCUAUGCGGUUUGUGUUCAAAAUAUGUAUGUUCAAGCUACAAAUAUGGGAAAAAGGUAUUCUUGUUACUGGAAGAGGUUAAGAAACUAAACUCGGAGGGAAAUUUUGACGAGGUUUCUCAGCCGCCUCCAAGGUCUGAAGUUGAAGAGAGGCCUACUCAGCCUACGAUUGGUCAGGAAGACAUGCUCGAAAAGGCAUGGAACCGCCUUAUGGAAGAUGGAGUCGGAAUCAUGGGUCUGCACGGUAUGGGUGGUGUAGGCAAAACAACCCUUUUCAAGAAAAUCCACAACAAGUUCGCUGAAAUAGGUGGUACGUUUGACAUUGUGAUCUGGAUCGUGGUGUCUAAAGGCGUAAUGAUUUCAAAGCUUCAAGAAGAUAUUGCAGAGAAACUACACCUUUGUGACGACCUGUGGAAGAACAAGAAUGAAAGUGAUAAGGCCACUGAUAUACACAGAGUUUUAAAGGGCAAGAGAUUUGUUUUGAUGCUAGAUGAUAUAUGGGAGAAAGUGGAUUUAGAGGCCAUUGGUAUUCCCUAUCCGAGUGAAGUAAAUAAAUGCAAAGUAGCAUUCACGACACGUUCUCGGGAAGUUUGUGGGGAGAUGGGGGAUCAUAAGCCGAUGCAAGUCAACUGUUUGGAACCAGAGGAUGCAUGGGAGCUGUUCAAAAACAAGGUCGGAGACAACACAUUAAGUAGUGAUCCUGUUAUUGUGGAGUUGGCAAGAGAGGUCGCUCAAAAAUGUCGUGGUCUGCCAUUGGCGCUCAACGUCAUUGGUGAGACAAUGUCAUCUAAAACUAUGGUACAAGAAUGGGAGCAUGCAAUCCAUGUUUUUAAUACAUCCGCUGCAGAGUUUUCUGACAUGCAAAACAAAAUUCUUCCGAUUCUCAAGUACAGCUACGAUAGCUUGGGGGAUGAACAUAUCAAGUCGUGUUUCCUAUAUUGUGCUCUGUUUCCUGAAGAUGGUGAGAUAUAUAACGAAAAGUUGAUAGACUACUGGAUAUGCGAAGGAUUCAUCGGAGAAGACCAAGUUAUAAAAAGAGCGAGGAAUAAGGGUUAUGCGAUGCUCGGUACCCUUACCCGUGCAAAUUUGCUAACAAAGGUUGGUACAUAUUAUUGUGUGAUGCAUGACGUGGUUCGUGAAAUGGCUUUAUGGAUUGCUUCCGAUUUUGGGAAACAGAAAGAGAAUUUUGUUGUGCAAGCAGGAGUCGGGUUACAUGAAAUACCAAAAGUCAAGGAUUGGGGAGCUGUAAGAAAGAUGUCAUUAAUGGAUAAUGAUAUUGAAGAGAUAACAUGCGAGUCCAAGUGUUCUGAACUUACAACUUUGUUCCUUCAAAGUAAUAAAUUGAAGAAUCUACCAGGUGCAUUCAUUCGGUAUAUGCAAAAGCUAGUUGUUUUGGAUCUUUCAUAUAAUCGUGACUUCAAUAAACUUCCAGAGCAGAUAUCGGGGCUGGUCUCGUUGCAGUUUCUUGACUUGUCGAAUACAAGUAUAGAGCACAUGCCUAUUGGUCUCAAAGAGUUGAAAAAGCUAACUUUCCUGGAUUUGACUUAUACUGAUCGACUUUGUAGUAUCAGUGGGAUAUCAAGGUUGUUGAGUUUAAGAUUGUUGAGACUGCUAGGGUCUAAAGUUCAUGGAGAUGCUAGCGUAUUGAAGGAGCUGCAGCAAUUGCAGAAUCUACAAGAGCUAGCCAUAACUGUAUCCGCGGAGUUAAUUAGUUUGGAUCAAAGGUUGGCGAAGUUAAUCUCUAAUCUUUGUAUUGAAGGGUUUCUUCAAAAGCCAUUCGAUUUAUCAUUCUUGGCGAGUAUGGAGAAUCUUAGUUCCCUACGGGUGGAAAAUAGUUAUUUCUCGGAGAUAAAGUGCAGAGAAAGCGAGACAGAAUCGUCUUAUUUACGCAUCAAUCCGAAAAUUCCAUGCUUUACCAACCUCUCACGACUGGAGAUAAUGAAGUGCCAUAGCAUGAAGGAUCUGACUUGGAUAUUGUUUGCUCCAAAUCUUGUCGUGCUACUCAUUGAAGAUUCAAGAGAAGUGGGAGAAAUAAUAAACAAAGAGAAAGCAACCAAUCUUACAAGUAUUACACCAUUUCUGAAACUAGAAUGGUUGAUUUUGUAUAAUUUGCCGAAGCUGGAGAGUAUCUACUGGAGUCCUCUCCCCUUUCCGGUUUUGUUGACCAUGGAUGUUUCAAACUGUCCAAAGCUGAGAAAGCUUCCAUUAAAUGCUACAAGUGUUUCAAAAGUUGAAGAAUUUGAAAUACAUAUGUAUCCUCCUCCAGAACAGGAAAAUGAGCUUGAAUGGGAGGACGAUGAUACCAAAAAUCGAUUCUUGCCUUCAAUCAAACCGGUAAUCAUUUCUUUUAAUCUCUUAUGCUUGAGUUAUUUGUAUUUCUUGCUAAUGUUUCUUUCAAGGUUAGCAUGAGAUAUUGUCCUUCUGCAAAAUGGAUCACACAAUAGAAUAUACUGUGCCUCUCAAUUUCAAUGCAUUGUUACUAACAUUGUUUCAUUUUCUUCUUCUUUAGUACAAGUACUUCGUCUACCCAGGAAUGAGUUUCCUCACUGUCUAAAAUCAGAAUUCACGCUUCUUCUUCUUCUAUUGCUUUAUCUAUCUUCUUGUAGUGCUGCAUUUGGAUUGUAUAAUUGAUUUGCAUUCUGAUACUUCUGGAAUGUGUUGUUGUGUUGUUCACUUGGAUUAUGUUUUUCAUUUUCCUUUUGUAUUCCCUAAAACGUUUUGCAUCCUGUUCAAACUACAUUUUUACACAAUCAAAAGUUUAUGCGUUUAGGUAAAAUCCAUUUGUUGGUUUCUCUUUCACCUUGCAGUGUCUUUCUUCAUCUGUUGGUUUCUUUUUCAUGUUCCAGUUGUUAAUGAAAAGAUUUGAUUUUGGUAAAUCAUGAAGAUCUUGUACUCAGAUUCUCUAGUG